AAUAAACCAACAUUGCAGAGUCACCUGUCAGUGAGCAGCUGAGCGACUGACAGGGUUCCUUCACGCUUACGUCUUUUACUGUAGAGACACAAACUCUGCAGACAUGACAGAAGAGGCUCCCACGAGUUCUGCAGGCAUGACGGAGGAGGUUAAAGAACUUAUCUUGAAGGACGUGAACCUCCACUGUCCGACCAACAACUUCUCCCACCACACCAGUGAGAUCUCCCUGACGGAGCUGUUUGUGAGGCGAGGUCUGGCCUUCACUCUGACCCUCACUCUGUCGCAGCCUUUCAAACCAAAACUUUACCCGCUCAGCAUGGUCGCAAUAACAGGUUUGGUUACAUCCGAGGAACAAGGCACAAUUUCGUACUUUGGUAUCCCCGACAGCCUGAUUAGGUCACCGUCAGCAAAGGCUGUGUGGAAGGCAGCGCUUGAGGAGGAGAAGUCCUCCCCAGAGAAAGGCGUCUUGGUUCUAAACAUCACCCCCCCGGCUAACGCCCCCAUAGGAUCGUAUGUACUCACUGGGAAAUACAGGGAAGAGGAUAUGUUGCUGGCAAUGCCGGUGGUGUUCUUCAACCCCUGGUGUCCUGAUGACACGGUGUAUCUAUCCGACGAGAAGGAAAGACAAGAGUAUGUGAUGAGUGAACAAGGAAUCAUCUACGGAGGAUCUGGAAACUACAUCUCCGACCGCACGUGGGACUUCGGACAGUUUGAGGACGACAUGGCGAGGAUUUGUAUUAAGUUGCUGGACGUUAACCCCAAACACGCGGAAAACCCAGCUGACGAUGUCUGUAGUCGCUCUGAUCCCGUCUACGUCAGCCGUGUGAUCAGCGCCAUGAUCAACUCUGAGGGCGACCAUGGCGUCGUGAUGGGAAGGUGGGGGGGUCCGUUUACCGCCGGGUAUAAACCCACUCACUGGACCGGCAGCCACGCCAUCCUCAAACGUUGGUACGACUAUGGCUGCCAACCGGUCAGAUACGGCCAGUGCUGGGUGUUUGCUGGCGUGAUGUGUUCAGUGAUGCGUCUGCUGGGCAUCCCCUGCCGCGUGGUCACCAACUACGAGUCAGCCCACGACACUAACAAAAAUCUGAUCAUCGACGUGUACUACGCAGACUACGGUGUCGCAGGGAAAAAAUCUCCUGACAGUGUUUGGAACUACCAUUUGUGGGUGGAGGGCUGGAUGAAACGUCCAGACCUGGAGGAAGGUGAUAAGUACGACGGAUGGCAAGUUCUGGAUCCGACACCACAGGAGAAGAGCAAUGGUGUUUACUGCUGCGGUCCAGCCUCGGUCAAAGCCAUCCGGAGCGGAAACAUCGACCUGAAGUACGACAUCCCGUUCAUCUUCGCUGAGGUCAACGCGGACUGUGUGGACUGGCUGGUCAAAGCUGACGGCUCGAAAAUUAAGUUAUUCUCCGACACCAAGAGAAUCGGUCAGAACAUCUCCACCAAGUCUGUCGGCUUGAGAAAGAGGAUGAACAUCACCGACACGUACAAGCACAGGGAGGGGUCCGACAAGGAGAGGGACGUCUUCAAGUACGCCCUCACCAGAGACCUCACCAUAGACAAGGAGGAGGGGGACAGCGGGGUGGAGACGGAGAAUGACACAGGAGCAGAGAAUCAGACGGGAGGAGCAGGUGAAGAGACGGAGGGGAACGGGGCAGUGAUCGAUACCUCGGGAGGAGCAGGUGAAGAGACGGAGGGGAACGGGGCAGUGAUCGAUACCUCGGGAGGAGCAGGUGAGGGCGUCCCGGAGGUCACGCCACCCUCCGAUGUGUCCAUGCGAUUUGAGGAGUUGUCCGAACCAAUGAACGGGAAGGACGUGAGCAUGAAGCUGUUGCUUCACAGCAAGUCCACUUCCUCCAGGCUGCUGUCCAUCAACAUCAGCGUCCAGGCCAUGGGCUACAACGGCUCCUCGGCCGGGAACAUCCAGUCCAAGGUGAAGGAGGAGACCAUGCAGCCUGGGACAGAACUGUCCGUCCCCAUCCUGGUCCCGUUCUCGGCCUAUCACAAGCUCAUGGUGGAGUGUGACAGCAUGAAGGUCACAGCCAUGGUCAAUGACAAAUACAAGCCGGAGCAAGUCUACCUGGCGGAGAAUGACAUUGUGCUGAUGGAUCCUCCUUUUACCUUCACAGUUUCCAGUACGACCAGACUGCAACAAGAAACCAGUGGAGUAUUGAUUUUCAAGAACCCGGUAGACGAGACGCUGACGGGAUGCACACUGACUCUGUCUGGAAGUGGAGUAUUUAAAAAGGAGGAGGACUGCAGGCUCCCGGACCUGGAACCAAAACAACAGGUCCGUAUCAACAUCUUCUUUUAUCCCUACAAGACGGGAAAGAAGACGAUCACGGCCGUCUUCGACUGCUCCACCUUCAGGGACAUCCAGACCACCUGCAAGAUCGAGGUCAAAGAGUAACGUCUCAACUCUGCAGAGUCUCGUUCUAAGGUCACAAGCUAAAACAAAAAAAAAUGCUAAAAUCUUCGGCGGCUUAAAGGAGAUUUAUUGAGCUCAUGUUCAGGUUUGUCUGGGUCCGAUGUCUUCGCUACAACAGGAACUAUUUUUCAUGCGUCCCGUGUCACGAAAGUUAUCAACAAACACACACUCUCGCUCGCUGUGAUUGUUCCGGACAUUCCUCCGCUAUUUCAGGAAAAUGUCUAGAGUUCACUGCGGCUCUAAAAACAGCUUUAACUUUCACUUCAUUAAGUUACCUCAAUAAGAGAGAUAACAAACAUGUGUUUCUCAGUCAAAUAUCGGUGCAGGGUACAAAAAGCUUUUCAACAAACCGCUGUGAACUUCACUCAGAACCAAAAAGCUUUCUCGAAGCAACUCAUUAUUCACUUUUAUAUGAUAAAGCCUGGAGAUGGACCACUGCUUAAAAAAGAAGAACAAUGAGAAAGAUGCCAAACAUACGACACAUGAACAUUUACAUGUAUCUACUUAAAUUCGUUGAUUUCUUUUAAGGUCUGACUUGGAUCCCAGCUGGUUUUUAAAGUCUGAUCCUGAAACUAGAUUCUCAUCAGAAUGUUUGAAUUUGCUUGAACAAAGUUAUUCAGUUGUUUUGUUCUUGAGGAUAAAUCUCCUGCCGGGAUCUCCAGGUAACAGCGGCCUCUGCUGGACAGACUGAAAACAAACUCUUCAUUCUCUAAAAUAGAAACCCAACAACUGCGGCUCCCCGUCUCAUGAUGCAUUCAGGAAAACAUGGUAGAAAAGGUUCUCAACUCAGGGGUAAAGCUUUUUCUCUUAUCGAAGAUUUCAGGCCAAGUCAAGUCAACAACACAACUGCUGGUGACCAAAUAAAAUGAAUAAAUCUUCAAACGUACAAGGGACAUUCACUAUCUUGUCCUAUAUUCUAAAAUGUAAACACAAUGGGAAAGGUUCAUGUUUUUUAUGUGUUUCCACGGUGCUUUGCCACAAGGAUUUUUUCUUUCUGUUGUUGGGGGUGAAUAAAGAUCUUAACUGAAAAGUGUU